CUACUGCGUCGAGACAGGAAGCGGACUUUUAUUUUGGGAAGCGUGAACCGGAAGUAGUUUCUUGUUUUCCUGUAGGCUUCCGGUUAUCUUGUAAUUCAACAAUGCAGCAACGUGAGGAGAAGCAGUUGGAAGUGUCCGUGGACUCGCUCAUUUCUCGCGUGGCGCUGGUCAAAGAUGCUCUCCAAAUUUUCAUUCGCAAGUUGGAAAAUGAUUACGAGCGAUUGACUUGGCCCUCAGUUUUGGACAACUUUGCUCUGUGCACCAGUCAGCUGAAUGCCAUCAAUAAACUUCUGAAAAGUGAGAAGACUGCCUCGUUUCGCAGCCAGGUUAUCAUCCCUCUGCUCCUGUCUCCAGACCGAGAUGAGGACCUAGCUAAACUCACAGAGCAGCGCGUCCCGGUGUUCAGCCAUGAGAUUGUACCCGACCAUCUGAGGACUAAACCGGAUCCUGAGGUGGAGGAGCAGGAGAAGCAGCUGAGUGCGGAAGCAGCUCGUAUGGGUCCUGAGGUGGCUCAGAAACAGAUCCAGGCGCUGAAUAAGAUGUGCUCUAAUCUACUGGAGAAGCUCAACAACCCUCGAGAGGACAGAGAUGCAGAGAAUGCCGCAGUGCGACAGAACAAACCGUCUUUCAACCCUGCUGACACCAACGCAUUAGUGUCUGCCGUCGCAUUCGGAAAAGGACUUUCCAAAUGUCGGCCUCCGGGUCCGGUGGCCUCAGGACACCCAGGGCAGGGGCCCAUGAUGACUGGGGGCCCAACUUUACAACAGGUCACCAUUGGAGGUGGUGCAGGCCAGCAAGCGGGUAUGGGAGGACCUGUGGCUCCACAGCAGCAAGGACAGCCUGGACCUGGACCAUGCUGGGUGGCUUUCAGGCUGCUGGUUCUCCUGCAGGACCUGGACCAUGCUGGGUGGAUUUCAGGCUGCUGGUUCUCGUGCAGGACCUGGACCAUGCUGGGUGGAUUUCAGGCUGCUGGUUCUCCUGCAGGACCUGGACCAUGCUGGGUGGAUUUCAGGCUGCUGGUUCUCCUGCAGGACCUGGACCAUGCUGGGUGGAUUUCAGGACCUGCUGGUUCUCCUGCAGGACCUGGACCAUGCUGGGUGGAUCUCAGGUCCUGCUGGUUCUCCUGCAGGACCUGGACCAUGCUGGGUGCUGAGAUGUCCUCCACCAUCACACCUGGCUCAUGUCUCAUCCCACCAGCAGGAUUUACUCUGUAGUUUGGAGGGAAAAACUUCCUCUGCUGGACUUUCUUAUGAAAACAGUGACACGCGUGUUGUUUACCUUUCUGAUCUUAUGACAUGGUUCACACGUGAUCCCACAUGGAGAGUCAGGAUGUUCAGGAUGAAGUCAUCCUGAUGAUCAAUACUGGGAUUGUUAGUGGAACAGAGCAGCGGGGACCGUGGUUCUGCUCAUGGUUCUGACCUUUGCUUCUGUCAGAGCUGAUCUUAGUGGAUCAACAGAAAACAUCCUUUGUUAAAUAAAUGAGUAAAAACCUCUCUGACGUUUUUCACCUCAUGCUUGAUAAAUAAAUGCAGUCAAAGCAGGAACUCCCAGCUCGGGGCUCUAGCUGCUCCCACAUGCAGAUGUUCAUCCUUUCUGGCCUUUGCUGACUCUGAGGAUGAAAUCCGUUCCUUCCUUUGGUCCAGGUGUGACCCCGUAGGCCUUUUCACACCUGUCCCAGCUCCAGGUUCUUUUAAAGCGGAACGGUCUCCUGUUACAUGGUUUGGGCCUUUAUUUUUUCUGGUCUGUUAACUUUACACAUCCAGAAAAGAUGGUGAUGCUCAUGGAUGUAGUGUGGAGAACUGAUGAGAUUCAGAGUAGCUGAACCUGAAUUCAGGAAUUUUAGGAGAGGAAUGUUGUCCCGUUCUGGUCUGGUGCAGGAUUCUAGCUGCUCUACAGUCCUGGACCUUGGUUGCUGGAUUUCUGCUUCCAUGAUGCUCCAGAUGUUGUGUACUGGUGAAAGGUCUGGACAGUUUAUUUCACUGUUAAUCGUGGUAUAACACGUGCACGGAGUGAAAGCAGAGUUGCGUCGUCCUGCAGCAACCUCUGAAUGAAGGCUGUCAGAAGGUUUCUGUUCACUGUCUCCACGGUAACGCCACAUUCAGAGUUUUACUCUGACGCCAGGCACAGCUUCGUUGUUUGCGUGUUAAUGGGAACAAGCGCUGUUCUCCCACAGAUUAAUGUCUGUGCUUUAACGUUCAUUUUGACAGUCCUAAUGAAAACUCCACCUAUAAGAAGUUCGUGUGGUUGUAGGUUCAGUCACACACUCACGCCAAAACUCGUUUUUAUUUGGCCUUGAGAUGAGUCUCACUUUAUUUUUGUCCAUUUGCUGUGUUUUUACUGUGUUUUUACUGCGUUUUUACUGUGUUUUUACUGUUCUUUACUGUGUUUUUACUGUGUUUUUGCUGUGUUUUUACUGCGUUUUU